AUGGUCAGGCAGACCAAGUCAGCAUAUGAAGCCGGCAUCAAACGCGAUCGGACGACGGUGAUCCACUCGCUUCUGGAAUCAGACCUGCCGCCUGAGGAGAAGACAAUCAAGCGACUCACCGGCGAGGCAACCGUGAUGCUUGCCGCCGGCACCGAGACAACGGCUUCAGCCCUCAGUGUGUGCACCUAUCACUUGCUCCGCAACCCAGACGUCGUUGAGAAGAUCAAAGCCGAGCUUCUCUCUGUCACGACGGAUCCAAAGCAAAUUCCGACCUGGGCCACUCUGGAAAGGCUACCGUACUUCAGUGCCUCCAUUAUGGAGGCAUUACGGAUGGGUUACGGUUCGCCGUCGAGAUUACCACGGAUCGCACCGGACGAGGACUUGACGUACCAAGGCACGUGGACACCUCCGGGCGCCUCAGCACCAGUUGAGGUGACGCACGUUAUUCCGCGAGGCUAUGCAACCAUUGCUGCCAUGACGUUGCGCGUCUUGCCGCAGCUGAGAUUGUAUGAGACGACAGAUGCCGAUAUAGAGUAUGAUUACGACCUUGCUGUUGCAAUGCCGAAGAAGGGCAGCAAGGGCAUCCGUCUGGAGGUGGUGUGA